CCGCCGCUUGCAGGAACCACAAGCCCCCAGAACAUAUUAGAAUAAAUCAGAACAGAAGGGUCCCGCCGGCCCUCGUUUAUCCCCCCCCGGAGACGGAGGGAGGAGGGGGAGAGGAAGCGCGGCGGCGGGCAGAGCCAUGUGGAGCCGCUGAGGGCAGCACCGCCGGCCGGCAGGAGCGGCGCGGCCUCCGGCGCGGGAGAGGCCGGAGAACAGGAAGCUGUGAGGGCUGCUGAAGAUGUCUGAUAGUCUGGAUGUUGAAGAGAAACCUCCAGCCCCGCCGUUGAGAAUGAACAGCAACAACCGUGAUUCUUCAGCACUAAACCACAGCUCCAAACCGCUCCCCAUGGCCCCUGAGGAGAAGAACAAGAAAGCCAGGCUGCGCUCCAUCUUCCCGGGAGGAGGGGAUAAAACCAAUAAGAAGAAAGAGAAAGAACGCCCUGAGAUCUCUCUUCCUUCAGACUUUGAACACACGAUUCAUGUGGGGUUUGAUGCCGUCACUGGAGAAUUCACACCAGAUCUCUAUGGCUCACAGAUGUGCACAGGGAAGCUCCCAGAGGGCAUUCCAGAGCAGUGGGCCAGGCUACUACAGACCUCCAACAUAACAAAACUAGAGCAGAAGAAGAAUCCUCAAGCAGUUCUAGAUGUCCUCAAAUUUUAUGAUUCCAAAGAAACAGUUAACAACCAGAAAUACAUGAGCUUUACGUCAGGAGAUAAAAGUGCCCAUGGAUACAUAGAAGCUCAUCCUUCGAGCACAAAAACAGCAUCAGAACCCCCGUUAGCACCAUCGGUUUCUGAAGAAGAGGAUGAAGAAGAUGAGGAAGAAGAAGAUGACAACGAACCUCCGCCUGUUAUUGCACCGCGGCCUGAACACACGAAAUCAAUCUACACGCGCUCCGUAAUCGAACCUGUCGCUGCACCAGCACCAGCUAAAGAAGCCACCACUCCCCAGCCUGAAAACUCCAACACAAACACUUUGUACAGAAACACAGACCGGCAGCGGAAGAAAUCCAAGAUGACAGAUGAGGAGAUCCUAGAGAAACUGAGGAGCAUUGUGAGUGUGGGAGACCCUAAGAAGAAAUACACUCGAUUUGAAAAAAUUGGCCAAGGGGCAUCAGGAACUGUUUAUACAGCAAUAGACAUUGCCACAGGACAAGAGGUGGCCAUUAAGCAAAUGAAUCUCCAACAACAGCCCAAAAAGGAACUAAUUAUUAAUGAAAUCCUGGUCAUGAGGGAAAAUAAGAACCCCAAUAUUGUUAACUAUUUAGACAGCUACCUAGUAGGUGAUGAGCUCUGGGUGGUUAUGGAGUACUUGGCUGGAGGCUCUCUAACUGAUGUUGUUACAGAGACAUGUAUGGACGAAGGGCAGAUAGCAGCUGUCUGUAGGGAGUGCCUGCAAGCACUGGAUUUCCUUCAUUCAAACCAAGUGAUUCACAGAGACAUAAAAAGCGACAAUAUUCUUCUCGGAAUGGAUGGAUCUGUCAAAUUGACUGAUUUUGGCUUCUGUGCUCAGAUCACCCCCGAGCAAAGUAAAAGGAGCACAAUGGUCGGGACUCCUUACUGGAUGGCACCGGAAGUGGUGACAAGAAAAGCAUAUGGCCCCAAAGUUGACAUCUGGUCACUUGGGAUCAUGGCAAUAGAAAUGGUGGAAGGAGAACCUCCUUACCUUAAUGAAAAUCCUCUCAGGGCACUGUAUCUGAUAGCUACAAAUGGGACACCAGAGCUGCAGAACCCUGAGAGACUCUCUGCUGUGUUUCGUGACUUUCUGAACUGUUGCCUGGAGAUGGAUGUGGACAGGCGAGGGUCUGCCAAGGAGCUUUUGCAGCAUCCAUUUUUAAAAUUAGCCAAGCCCCUCUCCAGCCUGACUCCUCUGAUCAUUGCAGCAAAGGAAGCAAUUAAGAACAGCAGCCGCUAGUGCUUUGGGCUGGCAUUCUCCCAUGCCAGCUCACUCCAGAGCAGGACUGAGAAAAAAAACUCUAUAGAACCUCAACUCUUCUGCUGCAGGACGGACGGACGGACGGAUGGAUGGAUGGAUGGAUGGACAGACCAACAGUCGCAGUCAUGGUGGUAGGAGGGGAGAACAGCUGUUCUCCAGUCCCUCAAGGAGUAAAAACUUACGUCUUCUUCCUGCUUUCUGGCUCCUUAAUUUAUUUUUAAGAUGAAACAGGGCUUAAGACAGAGGUAAUGACAGAAAAUGCUUUGCUGCCUCAGCCAUUUCCAAGGUAAAGCAAAUUCAGUUGGAAGAUUCCCUUCCUUCUCACCCUGUGAAUAAGCUGUACAUUCACUUUUAAAUUGUCAGUUGUUUCUUAAAGAUGCAAAGUCCCUUUUAUGUUUUGGGGUUUUUCUUGUACGGUUUGGAAUUGGAGAAGGGUCUUAAUUUAUAACUCCAGAUUAUACUGCCUUUAGAAUGCAGCCCACUCACUGGUAUUUGCCUAGUCAUUACACUUCUCAAUGAGGAAGAAAGUGAAAUUGCAUUUCCAAUCAAAAACAAAUCAGGAGUGGAGCAGUCAAAACAUCCUGUUGAGAUACAGGCUCAGCUGUGAAUAUAUAGUGUUUCUGUUCUUGACAUUUUCAUUUGUAAAACUAGUUGUAAUAUGGGUGAGAGUCUUACUAAAUUGAGAAAGCAGAAAGAUUGGUUUGCUCAGAAAGGGCUUGUCUGAUGUAAAGCUGUAAGAGAAAUGUGAAGUGAGAGCAGGCCCAGCCUUGUGCAAUGCUGAGCCUCAUGGACCCCUUUGCAGAGUUCAGAGCAGGCUCAGGUCUGUGACCCCAGACUGGAGGAAGGUGCUUGCAGCAGCAGGCCAUCGCUGGGCAAUCACCUCUUCCUGGCACUGCUCUGAUCAUAGUGUCAGCUCCAAACUGGCAGCAGGCAGCUCUCGACGUUAAUCAUAGCUCUGCUGCAACAUGUGCAGAGUGGUGGGAGUAGCCUCCUUCAGUUUGUGCAGGAGUUGAAGAGAGGAAAACAGCCUGGGUGUUGCUGUCACUUCUGAGGAUGUCUGCUCUCCUGGUCCUCUUAUAGCUCCCAGGAAAGGUUAGUAGCAUCUGUGCUCCUCUUAGCAGAGGGGACGAUGGCCAGGCUACUCUGCAGGCUUUUGGCAGGUGAGUGUCCUUUUCAUGGCAGAACUUGCACGCCUAAACUGUGGCACUGAUGUAAAUGAGUGAUGGCUUCCAGGAUUUGGUUCUGCCUGAGUCAGUCCAGCAGACAACUUUGGAAGAAAGCGCAUUUAAACCUGGAGCUCUGCAGUGAGCAGGAAAUGCAGAGCAGGUUGCAGAACUAUACAGAGCCAUAAAACCAGCCUGCUAUAUGUCCUCCUCCACACAGCAAGCACUGCUGCAAGCAGUUCUGAAUUUCUGGGAGAGAGUGAGCCCUGGAUGUGACAGGAUUGUGCUUGACUAGUCUGCUGAUUUGCAAGAGAGCAGAACUGUUUUAGUAUGCCCUUUGUGUUUUAUUUAUUUUUUUCUGAAAGAAAGGAGUGUAGCUUCACUCAGAAAAAGCAUUUGUAUGGAUUAUUUGUUACUGUAUUUUAGUAGUACAACUAAUCAGAGACCUUCAAAACAGCAACUGAAUCAACACCUAUAUCUGAUGAGCCAAAAAAGGAGUAAAACAGCUUUUUGCUGUAGUUCAUGCUUUAGGCUUGCUCCCACAAAGGGCUAAGCAGCCUCUAAGGUACUAAAAAGCUUCACGUUUUGCCGGUACGAAUGAAGGAUGCUUGGGCUAUUCUUGAAUUAGGCCAUUAGGUUGUCUGGUUUUGUCGUCUUAUUUAGUUACUAUCUUUGUGUUGAAAAUGUCAUUAAUACUGCUAACCAUCCCACCCCCACUCACUCUCUCUGUCCCAGUCUCUUUGCUGAGGCAACCGACAGAGGCAGUGCUCACUGAAGUUCACAGAAUCAUAGCAUGGGUUGGGUUGGAAGGCACCUGAAAGCCCAUCCAGCUCCAGCUGCCUGCCAUGGGCUGGUUGUCCCACCCCAGCUCAGGCUGCCCAGGGCCCCAUCCAGCCUGGCAUUGAGUACCUCCAGGGAUGGGGCACCCGCAGCUCUGGGCGGCAGUGCCAGUGCCUCACCCCUCUCUGAGUAAAGGAUUUCCUCCUAACAUCUAACCUAAAUCUCUCCUCUUUAGGUUUAAAACUGUUCACCCUUGUUCUGUCCCUGUCAGACCAUGUAAGAAGUCAAUCUCCCUCCUGCUUAUAAGCUCCCUUUAAGUAAUGAAAGGCCUCAAGGUCUUGCCUUCCUGGGGAGCACAACAGGUUUGAUUUUCAGCUGUCAAAUAAGAAAAGAUGUUUGUUUCUUUUGCAAGCCCUACGUUCUUCUCUGUCAGCUCAAGCUAUCUAUCUGGGAGAUGGGCUUCCCUGAGAAAAAAAGAGGCAUUUGGACUUGGAAGAGCUGCCCUCAAUCUGUAAAGCAUUAAUCGGAAUAAAGCAUUUUUAUUCCACGUAAGUAAUGAAGAAACUAGUGGCGGUUCCUCCUUCCAGUAUAGCAUUUAUUUUUUUCCUACCCACAAAGGAACAGAUGGCCAUCUUUUAGAAGGAAAGCACUUUUUUAUGGCACACGUUUGCUGGACAUACGAUACCCUUAUGUUAACAGAUCACACUGCUUGUUCUUUUUUUUCUGUUUAUUUUCCUUAGCACAUAUUUCAGCAUCCCUACUUUAUCAGUUCAGUUUCACAAAAGAUAACAAAUAAAUACAGAAAAUUUGAUGAUAGCAUUAUUCUUUUUCUGAUCAGUGUAUGCUCCAGCAUACAGAAUAUUGUUGGCACUGGCUUUUUAAAUACAACUUCUUUAAUAAGAGGCCUUACUUUUUAUUUUAUUAAAUAUUUAUUUUUCUUUGCAUUUGCAAAUCUAAAGAUGUUUCUGCUAAAAAUAAAUCCUGUGAGGCAGAUGAUAGGAUUCAACAGGAAUCAUCUCUGCCAGUGGCUUUUUUUCAACGUGACUAAUUGCCUAUCUGGGACUGCUUCACAUUCAGGGCAGUGCACCUCUAGCAUCCCUGCCCUUCAGACAGCCUCUGGCACAAAGUUCUCAGUCAUCAGGUACUGAAGGACGGCAGCUGCUUUUAUCAUUUCCCAACUCUGAUGGGAAAUGUGGAAUAAAAUAGUAAUUAAGAAGUCUGUCCUGAAAGGGGCAAGUCUUGUACAUUAUUUACAAGUAGGAAGCUAGGACUGACAAUAGCAGUAACUUUCCAGGAAGAAACAAAGCAAAUGUAAAAUCUCUGGAAUCAUCUCGGGUGUUUCUGGACUGCUAUCUUCAGAUUAAGCAAUUAGUUGUUAUAUAUAUUUUUGAAAGUAUUAGAAAUAGGCUGUUUUGUUGCCAAAUGCAUAGACAAAUGUUGUAUGUUUCAAACACUUUCAUUCCAAGGUUCUAAAAAACUGGUUGUCUUUAUUUUUAAAUUCAUUAAAUGGUGGAAGAAAAAAAAAAAACACAA